AUGACUGUCGAACAAUCUACCGAGGCCAAAUGUCUUACCCUAGACUCCAUUAUCAGGGGUCUUGCCGGUAACACCCAAACCAUUUUGUCAUACGCAACCACCAAUGAUGACUUUGCAAACUUCACUGGGUCUGAUAUUGAGCGACUCACGAUCAUUGGAGCCAAUAUCUACCUUCAGGCGCUGAAGGCACAGAGUGACUUUGACCUCAAGGCAGCCAAAUCAAAGGUUGUUAUAGCCUUGAUUGGCACGUCGACGCUGGAAUACUACAUUACUUUCUUAUCCAUACAACGACUUGGCUUCACGACAGUCCUUCUAUCGCCGAGGCUUACUCAUGAGGGCGUCGCUCAUCUUCUUAAUGUCACAGAAUGUUGUGCCGCAAUCGUACCAGAAUCGCACAGAGCCAUGUUUGACAAGAUACCUCUCUGCAUUGUGCCCAUGAUACGGGACGUCUUUGCCUUGGUCGGUCAAGUAUGGAGUCCCAUUCCUGAGCUGGAAUGUCAUAGCCUAGACCAAACCCCAGGUGUUGUUGUCCACAGCGGAGGAACUACAUCAGGGCUACCAAAGCCGAUAUCAGCGCCCUCAGGUGCUUGGAUUGCAGCUGUGGCAGGAACAGACGCAAAAAGUCAUCGUCUUCACACGCUCCCCACUUUCAACACCAUGCCCCUUUACCACACCUUUGGACUGGGUGUGCUGUUUCGUGCCCUCAGAAUGGGCACUCGUGUUUCUCUCCUCAAUUCAGAUCGACCGCUUGUUGCAGAGGCCAUAUUCAGGGGAAUCGACGCUACGGAAUCGCGGUGUCUCACAACAGUACCGUACGUUCUCAAGUUUCUCGCCGAGGAGGUUGGCGGCGUUGAGAAGUUGGCAAAGCUUGACUUUGUCAGUGUUGGUGGUGCCGCUGUACCCGAUGAUCUGGGACAGAGCCUCAUCGAUGCUGGGGUCAGCCUCAAGACCACAUAUGGUCAAUCCGAGUCUGGCAUCCUGAUGCUUCCUGUGAUUGACGAGGAUAAGCAAUGGGGUUGGCUAGAGCCAAUGGAACACGCUGAGCAAUAUAUGAGAUUUGAACCAGCUGAAGGAGAUCUUUAUCACCUGGUGAUCCUGCCUGGUCUUGCCUCCAAGACCAUGUCUGACCGUCCGGAUGGAUCAUAUGGCACCAAGGAUCUGUUUGAGAAACAUCCUCACAAGCCUCGGACGUGGAAGUUUGUCGCCAGACACGACGACAUGAUUGUCUUGAGUAAUGGCGAGAAUGCCAAUCCAGUACCCUUGGAGAACUCCUUGAUGAACAAUCCCAAUGUUGUCAUGGCUGCAGCCUUCGGUGCUGGGCAAGAGUCGUUGGGUGCCAUAAUAAUCCCAUCUGCUCAUGCUUCCAACUUGGCGCAUGAAGAUUUGCUCAAGAGCAUCGAGCCGGACCUCAAUUUGGGCAACGCACGUAUGCCGGCAUAUGCUAGGGUAUCACUUGACGCCGUCCUCAUUCAGCCUGCGGAUACAGAACUACCUAUGACGGGGAAGUCAACACUUCAGCGAGCCCUAUUCUAUCGUCAGUUCUCUACCAUUAUCAGUGACUACUAUUCCAAUGGAGGCGUCCACAACACUUUAGGAAAGCUUCCGGAGCAUCCCUUUGAUGAUGCCGAGAUCUCCAGGAUAGUACAUGAAAUUGUCCUCCGUCAUCAUCCUCCCAUGAAGGACAAUCGCGAUGGAGACUUCUUCACGAUGGGCAUGGACUCACUUCAAGCAUCCCGGAUUCGAGCAGAGAUUUUGCGAAGGAUAUACAUCAAGCCAGAGAAAGUGGCUACCAACGUGGUUUUCAAUCAUCCGAAUCUUUCUCUUCUUUCCAAUCAUAUCGUUUCUUUGUACACAGGCCGACAGGACGCAAUGACAGUUGAUCCACAAGAAAUAGCUCGAAGCUUCAUUCGCAAGUAUACUCGUUUUACUACGAAAGAAGGAACUGAGAAGCAAGGCAUGAGUUCGGUUCCUGAAGCCAACACUAUUUUACUCACUGGCGCCACUGGCUACCUCGGCGUCCAGAUCCUCCACAACCUCCUAUCACGCCGACCAAAAGACCGUGUCUACUGUCUCAUUCGAGCACAGGAUAACGCAGAAGCUGAAUUGAGGCUUGGCCAAGCACUUGUUAGCUCCAAGUUGACACUGCCUAAACAGCUCCGGGAAAGGGCAGUCGCCCUGGCUGGCGACCUAGGUCGUGAUAGACUUGGACUACAUCUUGACGACUAUGGCACCUUGCUUCGUAGUGUUACCAAGAUUAUCCACAAUGCGUGGGCGGUCAAUUUCAGCAUGUCUUUGAGCAGCUUUGAGCCCCAGCUAGCAGGUGUAUGCCACUUGAUCAAGCUGGCACUGAGCGCUCAAAAAACCCCAGAAGUUGUGUUCAUCUCAAGUAUCGUUGCUGUUGCUUCAGCAAACCCCCCUGCACAAUCUUCAGCAAGCUGUGAACCGACACAGUGGAAGGGCAAUAUCGCGGAACGGCGGUAUGGUUGGGAAGCUGCAGUACCUACUAUCAUUCUGAGUGCCCUCACAGCGGGGGCUUUGCCUCGGAUUGAAGCCGAUAAUGUCUUCAGGGUUGGCGAUGCGCAGCUAUGGAUCCCCUCUGAUGUUGCGGCAGCAUCCAUUGUUGAGCUGACGUUUUCCGAGGUGGGUGAAGGUAUCCCGUCUUGUGAGGCUGAUGGAGCUUCCACGCACUCGGAUAUCCCAAAGAUUCUGGAGAAGAUCCCUUACACAGUUUUUCAUGUUUCUGGUUAUCACCCAGUAAGCUGGAAUGCAGAUAUCGUACCAUUGUUAAGAAAUUUUGGUUUAGAAUUCGAGGUUGUUUCUCAGCGUGCUUGGGUGGACAAGCUAGCAUCUUCAGACUCUGAUGUGAGCCGGAAUCCACCUUAUAAAUUGAUCGAGUUCUUCAAGGGUGGUACUCAAAUUGAAGAUCAAUUGGAUCCUGUUGGUACAAGGACGUCGUCGGCGCAAGUGCACUUGGACACCAGUUUAGCAUCGAAGUAUGCCCCAAGUCUUGCUCAACUUGGUAGCUUGGAUGAGAAGCUGAUGAGAAAGUACUUGGAAUACUGGAAGAAAGAGUCAUGGCAGAAACUAGAAAGGGAUUUGGUGAUGGAAGGGCAUAAGAAGGAGAUGGGCUCUUUGUAG